AUGGAUGCUGAGCAGCUCAGAGAGAAUGCCCACAAGAUGGUAGAUUUCAUUGCUGAUUACUACAAAACCAUUGAGAAUUUCCCUGUUCUCAGCCAAGUGCAGCCGGGAUAUCUCCGGGAACUUUUACCGGAUUCUGCACCUACUCAUCCCGAGCCUUUGCAACAUAUUUUUGAUGACAUUCAGGCUAAGAUAUUACCAGGGGUUACCCAUUGGCAGAGCCCAAAUUUCUUUGGGUACUACCCUUCCAACAGCAGCAUUGCUGGAUUUUUAGGUGAAAUGAUGAGCGCAGGCUUGAACAUUGUUGGGUUCAGCUGGAUAACUUCUCCUGCUGCAACUGAACUCGAAAUGAUCGUAUUGGAUUGGUUUGGUAAAAUGCUUAAACUACCCGAAGAAUUUCUUUCAGCAGGAAAAGGUGGUGGAGUGAUACAAGGCACAGCAAGUGAAGCUGUUCUGGUUGUUCUGUUGGCAGCUCGUGAUAAGAUUUUGAGGAGAGUAGGAAAAAAUUCCCUUGAGAAGCUUGUUGUCUAUGCAUCUGAUCAAACACAUUCCGCUUUGCAAAAAGCUUGUCAGAUAGGGGGAAUCCAUCCCGAGAAUUGCAGGCUGCUGAGGACUGAUUCUUCUACUGAUUAUGCCCUUUCUCCCAAUGUACUUAAUGAAGCGAUUUCAAACGACGUCACCAGUGGUUUAAUUCCAUUUUUCCUAUGUGCGACAGUCGGUACUACUUCAUCAACGGCUGUUGACCCUUUGCUAGAACUGGGAAAGAUUGCAAAGAGCAAUGACAUGUGGUUCCAUGUGGAUGCUGCAUAUGCUGGUAGUGCUUGUAUAUGUCCAGAGUACCGCCAUUACAUUGAUGGUGUUGAAGAGGCAGACUCAUUUAACACAAAUGCACAUAAAUGGUUUCUCACGAACUUUGACUGUUCAGUGCUCUGGAUCAAGGAUAGAAAUGCUUUGAUCCAGGCUCUGUCUACAAAUCCUGAGUUCCUAAAAAACAAGGCCUCUCAAGCAAACCUGGUUGUGGAUUACAAAGAUUGGCAAAUCCCACUUGGACGUCGGUUUAGAUCAUUAAAGCUAUGGAUGGUGCUGAGACUUUAUGGUCUGGAAAACCUACAAUCAUAUAUAAGAAACCAUAUUAAUUUAGCUAAACACUUCAAAGAGCUCGUUGCUCAAGACCCCAGAUUUGAGAUUGUUACUCCGCGGCUAUUUUCAUUAGUUUGUUUCCGUCUUCUGCCCCCUCAUAACGACGAAACGUGUGCUACUAAACUGAAUCAUGGCCUAUUAGAUGCUGUGAACUCAACCGGGAAGAUUUUUGUUUCUCACACGGUCCUGUCAGGGAAAUACUUGUUACGUCUUGCAGUAGGAGCUCCAUUGACUGAGGAGAGGCAUGUGAAUGCAGCAUGGAAGCUUUUGCAAGAUAAGGCUUCUGCCCUGCUUGCGACUCUUUAG